GUUUUGAAGGGGAAGUAAUGGCGGCCGACGAUGACGCGAACGGAGGAAACACUUUUUAAAUACUUGUGAAUAAAGAUGGACGAAACGCCUCCACUUCCUCACGUCGUGUGUAUGAAAUGUCUCAGGAGUGGGAGCCGACGUUUUUUUGGCGCUUUCGUGCUCAACCAAUCGCCGAUUCAGCCGAGGAACAUUACUGCAGCUCUGAAGAGGAAGGAAGUCGUCGGAGUGUUUGGCUUCGGUUUGGCUGUUUCUCGCUGAGUGAACAAGAUGGCGCACCGUGGUUCAGAUGUGUGGUUUGUGAUAGAUUCUUACUAUUACUUGAAUAUUUAGCAUCAGUUGUCCCAAACCUGGGGGUCGUCGUACUCUCGUCACCCACGAGGUCUCAAGGAAAAAGAAAAGUUGGUAGGAAUAUUCUUUUGUUUUUGAUUUUUCUCCUGAGUAUUAUAAUUUCAUAAGGAAUCUUUAAAAAAAUCGGAUCCACGAUUCCACUGCGAUUUUUUAAUGUUAUUUGACUUUAUUAUUCAUUUUAAUUUAUUCAUUUAUCUGUUUAUUUUUCUUUCUGCAUGUUUUCAUCAAAUUUUUUUUAUCAUGUCAUAUUUUGCCGUGUUUCCCCCAUGUUCUACUGCACACUCUCUUUUUGAAUUUAUUUCAUCAAUUUACAUAUUUUCAUCUCGUUUUGUCAUGUCAUAUGUUGCCGUAUGUUUUUUUCUUGAGCUUAUUUUUUACUGCACAUUUAGUCUAUGCUUUUCAUAUGAAAUGAGCUCUGUAAAUAAUUCAAUUUCAUUUUUAUUUAUCUCGAACCAUCAACAAAAAAAACCAGAUAAAAACACAAAGAUAAAUGACUCAGAAUCCAUCAAAGAACAAAAACAAGGAUGAGUUUGAGAAGGAUAGUUAUAGAGUCCUGCCCCUACUUUACAAUAUCAUAUUAUCACAGACAAAAUACAAAUACAUGUACGUGUACUGCAUGUAAUGUAUACUGCAUACAAAAAUACAGGUCAUACAAUAACAUACUGUACAACAAUACACUGUAAUUAAAUUGCAAAAGAAUAUAUUCGGGUUUCCUCCUUUUCUGAUUUGGUCAAAUAUUGUUCUCUUGUAUCUAAUUUUGAACUGUAAAAUAUUAUAAUAAACUUGACUUGACUUUGAUUUGACUUUAACUUUUAUAACUUAAUCUGAUGAUUUGAAUAUUCUCACGUUUUGCAUGCAGCUGAUUAUAACCGGAUAGUACAUAGUUCUGCUGGUCGUGGUUUAUUUUGAAAUCUUUGUCAGGAAGGAGCCAUCGUUUGAUUCCGUCCGUGCCUCGACUCGUGUGACGCGCAGAGCUGCGUGACCAAGUCACAUCCACCCUCCACACGGUGCCAGCGGCUUUUUACGCAUGACCAAAAACGAGAGGAAACCAGUCGUGUCGCGCAGCUGCAUAGUUCAAAUUAAUCUCAUAAACAAUAACCAUGUAAAUUAGGAGUUGGUUGAGGGGGAACACCGACGAUGAAGCUGUAAAGACGACAAGAAGGAGGUGAUGGGGAAACGAACUCAGAGCAGAACAAACUUCGAGGAACACUUUGAAUACUUUUUUGUGGAAUCUAAAUAACUUUUUUUUUGCUCCGCGAUGCACAAGAGAUGGACGCGUCGCAGGUUGCCCGUCUUGGUUUUCACCUUCUCCAUCAUCCUCUACGUGGAUUUCCAAUUGCGCACCAGCAGCAACCCUCCCACGCUCCGUGCGCUCCCGCGCCACCCGCCACCCGGCGGUGCGCUCCUGCUCCAGCGCGCCAUCCAGCAGGCUCCCGACGCCGCGGCCGAGGACGCGCGGAGGGCGGCCGCCGGCGACCCGACCUCCGCCGGGGCCGCGCGUCAUCACGUCACCCGGCCCGACCUGGGGCAGGAGGACAUCUUCAUCGCCGUGAAGACCACGGGCCGGUUCCACGAGACGCGCCUCGCGCUCCUCCUGGAGACGUGGAUCUCCAGAACCAAGGCGCACACGUUCAUCUUCACAGACAUGGAGGACGAGGACGUGAGUUCAGAAGGUUAUAAUGUGGUGGUAACAGGCUGCCAGUCAGAUCACAGCCAGCAGGCUCUGUCCUGCAAGAUGUCCGCCGAGUACGACGGCUUCAUGGCCUCGGACAAGAGGUGGUUUUGUCAUGUGGACGACGACAACUACGUGAACCCGGAGGCCCUCCUCUCCCUGCUCUCGGCCUUCCCCCCGGAAGGCGACAUCUACGUGGGCAAACCGAGCCUGGACAAGCCCAUCACUGCUCACGAACUUCUGGAGGGCAACGCGACGAGGGAGGUGCGGUUCUGGUUCGCCACAGGAGGAGCAGGGUUCUGUCUGAGUCGGCGACUGGCGGAGAAGAUGGCUCCAUGGGCCAGUGGCUCCCGGUUCGAGAAGACUUCGGCGACCAUCCGUCUCCCCGACGACUGCACGGUGGGCUUCAUCGUGGAGAAGAGGCUGGGCGUCUCCAUGGUCCACUGUCCGUUGUUCCACUCCCACCUGGAAAACCUGCUGCUCGUCAACCACAGGAGCAUCCCACACCAGGUGACGCUGAGCUACGGGAUGUUUGAGAACAAGAUGAACAGCAUCGAGGUGAAAGGAGGCUUCUCCAAGGAGGACGACCCCUCCAGGUUUAAGACGGUCCACUGCCUGUUGUAUCCUUUCACCAGCUGGUGUCCUUGAGCUCCUUCCGAAAACCCCCUGGGACAAAGACUGUCGUUGCCCCCGCCUGGAUGAGGAGGCUCUUCCUGGGAAUCGUAUCUGUAUAAAAAUGCAGGGAAUAUAUUCAAUGGAACAGUAUUAGACGCAGACAAGAUCCAGGACCUGGAGAAGCAACAGAUCUGAUGAAUGUGUGCCGACUCAGAACACAGGAUGUAAAGAGAACUCUUUUUAUACGAUGUGAAAGGUCUCCUGUCACUUCUUCACCUCGGUGCCACAAAGAAAACUGUGUAUUUUUUACUCUCGAUCUUUUGGAACUGAAGCACUUAAGGCAGAACUUGCAAGUGGUUUUGUUGAGAAAUGGACAGAAUGACGAUUUUUACAACAUUUCUAUGCACUUUUAAUUUGUAUCUAUCUCCUAUCAGUUGAUUAUUUCUUCAUAAUCGUCAACGAUUAAAAAGUACGUACGAGCGGGCUGCGCCUGCACGGCCUGAGUCCUCUUGCAGGUGAGGUUGACGAGUUGCUAAAUUAAAUUUUAGUGUCUAUCGAUCGAGUGUGUGCGGCCUUCUGUGUGUUUUAUGAAGGGCCUUGUGUCCUUUUGCACACAAUGAACCAUCCUGACAUCCCUCUCCCCUUAACCAAACCCUCCUGUCUCCUGGCUUCUCUCGCUCUCUACCUUCUUUUCCCUCCCUCCAUCCCUGUAUUUACUCAGUCUUAUACUCAAUGGCUGUGCCCGCUCCUCCAAGGCCACGGCUGAAAGUAAAAUGAACUUCCAUCCCA